AUGCGCGCCCCGCCGCAGGCCCCCGCCCGUUCGCACAAUGGAAAACGAUUAGGAGCCCAUGUAAUAAGUGAAAGUGAGUCGGUGACCCACUUUCUCGCGAUCCAGGUCUAUGUUAGUGCGCGGUUGCGCCACAGCGCGGGCGGCUGCGGCGCGGGGGGCGGCCCACUGACCCAGUUGCGCGCGGUGCCGCAGCAGGGCAGGGUUGCCGCGCCCGCUGCUUGUUUACGUUCGCACAAUCGCGCACCACUCGCUAACGCACCGCACACACAUAGCUACAUCUGCGAAAAAAGUUCUGCUUGCGGCGACGACGAUUGA